GACAAAACGGCUGGAUUUCAUUGAUAGAGCGAGGAGCAGUUGUGAAAAUUCUCUCAACUCGUUUUCAGUUUCAGUCUUUUCUUUCUCUUCCAUCACAAUUCACAAACAACAACAACUUUUAAUUUCAAUUUCAAUUUCAAUUUCAAUUUCAAUUAUAAAAAAUAUUCUUCUUACAUGCUGCACUCACCAUGGCGGGUGCACACUCUUCUUCUCACAGAACCACUUCUUCCCGUCUCCUCCUUCUUCUAACCGUCCUUCCUCUCACCCUCGCCGCCUUCGCUUUCCUCCUCCAAUGGCGUGGCGGCCUCACCGACCCUCUCACCCGCUGGUCUCCCGAUCAAAAUCCCUUCCCCGGUAUGUCUGGCCCCAACAAUCUCCAACAACAACCACACCGUCCCCCUUCCGAUUGUACCAAUCUUAUGCCUCACUCCUAUUCCCCUUCCUUCCCUUACUUCCGUGAUUGGAAACUCGAUUACUCUUCCGGUAACACCACAUCUAUCUAUCUAUCUUUUUCUACUUCCGCUGGUUUGGAGCAGACACUACCAUGGAUCUUUUAUCAUAAAGUUAUGGGAGUUUCAAGUUUUUAUCUUUUCGUUGAAGGGAAGGCUGCAUCGCCUAAUGUAUCUAUAGUUUUAGAAAGCAUUCCGGGGGUGAAAGUUAUACAUAGAACACGAGAAUUAGAGGAGCAACAAGCUAAAAGCCGUAUAUGGAACGAAACUUGGUUGGCAAACUUCUUCUACAAACCAUGUAACUAUGAGUUGUUUGUGAAGCAAUCUUUGAACAUGGAAAUGGCAAUUGUCAUGGCAAGGGAUUCUGGCAUGGAUUGGAUCAUCCACCUGGACACUGAUGAACUGAUACAUCCAGCAGGAACUCAGGAAUACUCCAUGAGACAGUUGUUAUCUGAUGUGCCUGGAAAUGUUGACAUGGUUAUUUUUCCAAAUUAUGAAAGCAGUGUUGAGCGAGAUGAUAUCACCGAGCCUUUCAGUGAGGUUUCAAUGUUCAAGAAGAACUAUGACCACCUUCCAAAGGAUAUAUAUUUUGGAAAUUACAAAGAAGCAACUCGUGGUAAUCCAAACUAUUUUCUCACAUAUGGAAAUGGGAAAUCAGCUGCUAGGAUUCAGGAUCAUCUCCGUCCUAAUGGUGCACAUAGAUGGCACAACUAUAUGAAGACACCUAAUGAGAUCAAGCUGGAAGAAGCUGCUGUUCUGCAUUACACUUACACCAAAUUUUCUGAUUUGACUUCAAGACGUGAUCGGUGUGGCUGCAAACCUACAAAAGAAGAUGUAAAAAGAUGUUUCAUGUUGGACUUUGACAGAGCUGCAUUCAUAAUUGCUUCAACUGCAACUGAGGAAGAAAUGCUUCAAUGGUAUCGCGAACACAUUGUGUGGACUGACAAAACACUAAACAUGAAACUUAUGAGGAAGGGCAUUUUAACUCGCAUUUAUGCUCCCAUGGUCAUUAUUCAAAGUUUGAGGGAAUCUGGUGUUUUUAGCUCUUUGAUUGCAAAAGCUGCUCAGACAACUAUAUCAAAAGACAAUUUUUUAAAAUCUGUUGAGAGUAGCAAUUCAACUAGGAAUUCUAGAUCAGAAAUGUUAUCUUCAAGAAAAAUUGAUGCUGGUGGAGUAUCCCAAGCAAUUGCAAGAAGAAUCUUGGAGGUUAUAGAUGAUUCAAUUCCCUCUGCAAUCCCACCAUUAUCUCCACCCAACCAUGACGACGAUGAUGCUGACUUCAUUACGUCUUAGUUUUUGACUGACUCCUUGCCAUAAUCAGAAAUUAUUUUGAACAUGGGUUUGAUACUUAAAUUCUGGAGAGAAAAAAAUUCAAGAAAGCAUUGACAGAAGCACUUCAUAUGGGGAUUUUUCCCGAUAUUACCCGAGCGCUUAUGUAAAUUACAGGUAUAGAAUGUAGGCUUAGUAUAGGAAUCAUACAGAGCAGACUUCUCUAUCUGUUCAUCAUUCUUUUCCUAUUUCUUUCGGGCAGAUUGGCUGCGAUCGAAAUGGAAAUUAGUGCCCUAUUCUAUUUUUGUUCACAUACAAUGAGAGAGGCGUAUUAUACAGGUUGAGAUUAUCUCCCUUGGUUGGAAGGAGAAAUGAUUUAUACAUGAAAAUGCUGUUUUGCCAGUUUUUGCCGGCAUUGGAACUGACUUCAUUACUUUAGUGCCCUUGCAUCCAAAGGGAAGUGAAAGAGUUUGUAGAAUUUAUGUCAGUGUCUUCAACGUCAAUGCGAUUUAAGAAA